GGCGGCGGUGAAGCGUUAUUGGAGUAAAUGACAAAAAGCUCCCAGUGCGCGGCGGUGAAGGCAGACAGACGCACGCGGAUGUGCCUCCGGAAGCGCAGCGGAAACCGCCCCGCGGACCUCCUUCAUGCUGCCCAGAUUCAGAGGUCCGGGCCUGAAGGGUGGAUGACAUGCAUGUGCCCGGCCUGCUAACAUCGCUGAGGAAGCGCACUAACCGACUGGCCGCUCUCUCGACAUGGCGGAUGUUCUGGAAAGCUGGUUCACCGUGUAAACUGCUUGCUCCCAGGUGGGGAUGGUCCAGUUUGUUUGAAGUGGGCUUGUUUUAGGUUCCACGCCUCAGCAGUGCAUUACCUGCAGCAGGUGGCAGUAGGCCAUGCCCUCCAAGCAGACAUAGAGUAAAGCCAGUAUUGCCGUGGACACAGAUUUUACACACCUGAAAGAAUCAGUAUUACACAGGUCCAAUCCCGGCUGAACAAGGGGCAGAGCUCACCAUGGGGGGAGGUCGCAGCGAGACCUCGGCACUGACCGGGACGGGAGGGGGGCGAGGCACGGCUACUAUCCAAAAUUCUCAGCGGUCAAACGCCUGUUGCUUCUGCUGGUGCUGCUGCUGCAGCUGUUCAUGUCUCACUGUCAGGAAUGAAGAGGAGAGGCGGAAGUGGAGGAGGAGGAAGAAGAUACCACAGGAUGCCAAGAUGGAAACCAUACCAAACUGUGAAGCUUGCACUAAACCAUCAUUAGAAGAGAUCCGGCAAUGGUCUCAGUCCUUCGACAAGCUGAUGAGGAACCCAGCAGGUCGAAAUGUUUUCCGGGAGUUCCUGCGAACAGAGUACAGUGAGGAGAACAUGUUGUUUUGGCUCGCCUGUGAGGACCUCAAACAGGAAAUCAACAAGAGUGCCAUUGAGGAAAAAGCUCGUUCCAUCUAUGAAGACUACAUUUCUAUACUGUCGCCAAGAGAGGUGAGUCUGGACGCUCGGGUUCGAGAGGUGAUCAACAGGAAGAUGCAGGAACCAACGCCACACACCUUUGAAGAUGCGCAGCUGCAGAUCUAUACACUGAUGCACAGGGACUCCUACCCACGAUUCCUCUCCUCCAACAUCUAUAAGUCGCUUAUUCACAGUGGCUCCCGUACCCCCUCAGAGUCCUAGUGCUAACUCUUUGGCAUCUUCAUCCAUCCUGUGUUCAUAGGAUUGAUGCCUAAAACAUUUCACGCCCUCCAGUCCAAAUCUUUCCAGCAGUGAUCACUCCAUCCUCCAAUUCUCCAGUCUUCCCACUUACUCUUCUUCAGCUCAUCAUCUAUCCUCUUCCUUUUGUUCUUUUUUCCUCUUGUUCAUGCUCCUUCUCUUUAUGAUGGUGAUUUAUAUUUUAGAGCACAUGAAUGACUGUCCCUGAAUUUAAGCUAAACUGAGCUGAUCCCUGCCAUCUGUCCUGAAAAAAAGUUUUCCUUCACAUCCAUCUCUGUCUUCCUCCUUUCAUCUUCUCCUGUCUUAUCGCAUUCAUGGUUCCACCUUUCACCUGUUUCUUGACUCUUGAGCAUACCAGGAAGUGAUCAGGGACACUGAAGUAUUUUUGGGAUGUAAUCUUUUGGAGAUGUUUCAGACUGCUUUUUCAAAUGCAUUUCAGCAGGAGAAAUAUUCAUCUGUGCCAUCAGUUCUGUGUGGAUUUUUACUAGCCUUGCCCCUCGCCUCAAGAUUGUCCAACCACCUUUAACUUUGCCCACCUCAUGCUUCAGGAAUGAUGGGAAAGUUAAAAAAAAUAUGGAUGCUGUGUUGUUCCCUUUUCAUUCUCUUUGAACUGGAAAUACACGGCGCUCCUGCCCUCAAACUCUUUAUCUUUGUUAGUAUGUUGGAUCAGUGACUUCACUUCUGAGCAAAGGGGGCCGCCGCUUCCUCCAGCUAUUGAUUUACAAAUAAUCACAUGAAUAUUUUUUUUUAUCAAAGAACUGAACAUGGAGCAUUUCACCUACGUUUGUUUGUCCCGCUUUCUCCUUGUCCUGGUUUUCCAGAAGAGGACAACUACUGUGAGACUGUUGUCCACCCAACAUACACACACACAUACAUACACACACACACCUACACACACACGUGCGCACACACACACACACUGCAAUAAAAACACUGGACCUUAGAAAACUCACACAGAGUAUCAGUGUUACUAUACUUAUAUGGACCUUUCAAUAAUCAAUACGUUUCUUCCAUUAACUGUCAGAGAGACAGAUCUGUUUUAGAGUAAACAAAGACAUAAUGACCGCCUCACAAACAGUUAAAUACAAAACUUUAAAUGAAAUGAUUCAAUAAUCAUCACCAUCGUUUAUUUAGGACACUAUUUCCAAAAAAUCAUCAACUAAAAAAGGUCAGAGAGCUAAAUAAAAAUGAAUAAGUGAUGAAAUGUAAAAAAGAUGGCAUAUUGACUGAAGAGCUGCAGGCUGAAGUUUGUAUUCUAAUAAAUGAACAUUUUCACUGCCACAUUUCACAAAGACCAAUAGAAGAGGAAGAAAGUUCAGACAUUAAAUAAGUAACAAUGAGAAAUGAUGCACAUUUCAUGGAUACAAAGGUCAUUUUGUGUGUACAGGAUGGAGAACGUUUCACCCUCUGUUUGUUUAUGAUGAAGAGUAAUGCACAGAUGACCUGAUUAAAGUUUGAAUUUUUAUCAGCUUCAAGUCAGAGGAGAACUGUAACUGAAUGUAAAUGAACUGAGCUGCAGUUAAUGGAGAAAACAUUUAAGAAUCAGCCUUUUUGAGGCUAAAGCUAUCGUCACAUGGAUGCUUAUGGUCGCCACAUUUCUGAAAGACUAAAUCAUUUAUAACAGUCCCUGUAAGUAUAGUAACACACAGACACACACUGGGGUGGCCUACCUGGGCACUGCUGCUGCUGACCUCUGUGACCUCUCACUUUUGACCUCACUACUGUCUGUGGCUCCUGAUUGGCUGCAGGGGGCCUCUGGGCUCAUCUGUGGUCGGUCCAUUCAGGAAGGGGGAUGGGAGGAAAUCCCAGGUGCAAAAAAGAAGAGGAAACCCAUGAUGUGAAAAGGGUGCUUCCAUGCAGUGCAUCAUGGGAACACUGAUGUUUGUAGAUGGAGGCAGAGGCAACAAGUUACAAACACGAGAUGCCUCCGUCUUUAGUAGACUGGUCACUUGAUUCAUUUCUCUUCGUAUUAUUAAUGUUAUUUAUUUUCUAUAUUGUUAAAACUGUGAUUUUAAUUGUACAAAUACAAACAGAAACCUGAAGAUAAAA